GAAGUGAAGCACUCCGCAUGCGCAGUUUAGGGCCUCAUGGGAAAAAGCACCAAGAUGGCGGCGCUCAUGGCAAGAAGAGCCACACGAGGGUUUGUCUUAUUUUCUUCGGCCUCGCGACGCGAAAUCAUCAUUAAACAACCCACCGCAGCUGCAGUAUUGUGCCACAGACUUUUUGCCUCCAGGAGACUAGCACCGGUGUACAGGUUUGCCUGCGUUUCUCGGUUUUCUACGACGAUAUCUGUUCCGGCCGAAGACUCCAUCACGCAAUCCAUUCUGAAAGAGAAAAGUGCAGCAGAGCAAGGUACUUCUGACGAUAAGAAGGAAGGGCAAGAGGAUAAAAAGGAUGAGAAGCCCAAACGAGAUUGGACCAAAAUCAGCAUCUACGUGACCCUGGCAAUGUUCGGCGUCGGUGGUACCGUCUCUUUGGUUGAAAUGGGGCGACCUCAACGCGAUGAAAACGGGCAAGUUGUCAAGGACGAGUUUUCCAACGACGUGAUUUUCGUAGCGUACUUCCGCCGAGCCUGGAAGGAGAUGAUGGGUUAUAAGACCAUGAUUGAAGAGCCUAGCCGUGAGAAGCUCCUACCUGACCCCUUACAGGAGCCCUACUACCAGCCACCCUACACCCUUGUGCUGGAGAUGACAGGCGUGCUGGUACACCCAGAGUGGACCUAUGCCAGUGGUUGGCGCUUCAAGAAGCGGCCUGGCCUGGACUAUUUCCUCUCACAGGUUGGCCCACCUCUCUUCGAGGUCGUCAUCUACACCCGUGAGCAGGGCUUUACCGCCUACCCCCUGAUCGACAGCCUUGACCCCAACGGCUACAUCAUGUACCGUCUGUUCCGAGACGCAACGAAGUACAUGAAUGGCCACCACGUGAAAGACCUCUCCAGUCUGAACCGUGACAUGGGUAAGGUCAUAAUCGUUGAUUGUGAUCCACACGCGUACCAACUGCAACCAAGCAACGCUGUUGGUCUGAAGAAGUGGGAUGGUAACAGUGAUGACCGGACUCUGUUCGACUUGGCAUUCUUCCUCCGCACUGUCGCGACGAGUGGCGUGGAGGACAUUCGGCCGGUGUUGGACUAUUACAGGUCAGAGGACGACCCACUCGAAGCCUUCAAGCGGAACCAGGCACGACUACAGGAGGAGCAGGCAAGGAAGAUAGAGGAGGAAGCUGAGAAUAAGAAGUCUGUUGCACCUCUUGGUAGCUGGAGUAGAGGAUUCUUUGGGUCCAGAAGAUAGGGAGCAGUAGCAUUAAUCUACAUUCAUGAUAUUCUACUGAAACUACAUCAUAGUGCUGUACAUACUACAUUACGUACAAAUGAAACAGUGUCAGAGUCAUAGAUGGCACAGUCAUUUUCAAUCAAUCAAACAACACAGGAUGCUUUUAUGCAGAAGCCACAGCAGAUAGCUUAGAAAGUUUUUGGUAAGCAUAACUUGUGUGCAGACUUGGAAAAUUAAAAACAACAAAGUACCAUUUCAAAGUAUUACCUUUAGCCUGACUUAAUCAUGCUUUUUGCAUCCCUGGUGUCAGGGAGGCAGCCAAUGAAUCAGCCCUUUACAGCAAGAAAUUAACACAGAUUCACAGACUAUUGUAUCCCAUUUUCCAUUUUCACCUUUGAUUUCAGAUUCGAUGGUAGAUAUAGAUAAAUAUGGAUGUAUAUCAGUGAAAUGUUUGUCAAAUGAAAUAGGGAAUGCUGCAGACAUUUUAGUCUGCCAGUUAUCAAAUUUGAUAUGCAUAUUUUGCCAAAUGUUCUUAUAGUUGCAGUACUGGUGCAUUUCUAUUCAGUUAUUUUUCCUUUUUGCAGAUCUACAUGUAACUUCAGUAUCAAAAGGCAUUCCUACUAUUUGUUGACAAAACUCAAUAAACUGUACACUAG